ACUUCCAAAGUUGGAUGUCCUUUGAGUGGUGGACCAUUAUUGAUACACACAAACUGUUGAGUGUAAAAAACCCAGCAGUGUUGCAGUUCUUGACACACUCAAACCGGAGUGCCUACUACCACGUCCUGUUCAAAGGCAUUUAAAUAUUUUGUCUUGCCCAUUCACCCUCUGAAUGGCACAUAUACACAAUCCAUGUCUGAAUUGUCUCAAAGCUUAAAAUAUCCUCCUUUAACCUGUCUCCUCCACUUCAUAGACACAGAUGACAUCAAUAAGGGAUCAUAGCGUUCGCCUAGUCGGAAUGUAAUGGGAAGAGCAGGUGUUCCUAAUGUAGUGUGUUAAAGUGUGAAUGUUUUUUGGACUUUGAUCAUGAAAGCUAAAGAAUAAUAGGUAGGUUUGUUACUGUGGUGCUGUUUGUAAGGUUUUCUUGUGUUCUAUGAAAUUAAAGUGUGAUUUUGUUUUUAAAAAACUGUUAAGUCUAACCCCAUAUACACAGGUAGAGGGAAGGGAUAAAGGGUUGUUCAGAUAAAUAUAUUUCCUACUUUCCAUUGUCCAUACUAAUAUAAUUGCUUCGUUCUAAUUGGUGUUUAAAUUGGAAUUGCAAGAGAAAUCGAAACAAUACCCGCAUGUGCGUUCAAUGACGUCCUCAUUAUGGAAGCGUUUCACAUCACAGUGUGUGACAUGACCGAUGAUAUAGAUUCCGGCGUCACCAUAGCAACCACCAGGGGUCAGUAUCAGCGCAAACAAGGAUAAACAUCAAGGGUGCGUUCGUAAAUUCACUUUGACUGGCUAUUUAGGGUGUAGUUGUAAAUUCAAUCUGGAGUGCCAGUGUGCGCUCAGACUGCGUUCUUGGCAUUCAUAAAUGUGUUUCGCUCUCGGAGCGUUCAGAGCGCACACUGGACGCUUUGGCUAGCUGUCAAGCACCCAAGCUAACUGGCUAAAGGUGGCUAGAUUGGGUGCUUGACUACUAACAAGCUGAAAUUGGCUAGAUUGCUAGCUACUUCCAAACACAUGAAAGAACACCUCACUCGCCAUAGCAGUGAAGAUUAGGCUUUUUAGAUGUUAUCUAGAGCGUUUGUGACGAACUGCUGCUGGCAACAAUUUCAUAGUUUUUGUUUGCAAUCGUCUACCAACCGGUAAUAUGCAAUGGGUGUUGCGCGUUCGUAAAUUCAUCAGUUAUUCAGUGCUCUGGCACAAACGAGAGUGCUCUGAAAUUGGAGUAGAUAGCCAGAGUGCAUUUACGAACGCACCCCUACUCAGUUUUCAGUGCACUCUAGUUUAUCAGAGCUCAGAAUAACUAGCUAAUGAAUGUAUGAACGCACAACACCUGUUGAAUACUACACCUAUCAGGAAAUGUCGGCAAAAAAAAACGUUUUUAAAUUGUUGCCAGCAGCACAGUUACAGUCCACCAACUCUCUAGAUGACACGAGCCUAGCCUGCUCUGCUUGGGCGAGUAAAAUGGUCAGAGUGAGGUGUUCUCUCAUUUAUGUCUGGAAGUAGCUAGCAAGCCAACUUUAGCCAGUUAUCUUGGGUGCUCGACUGCCGUUGUGUGGUCAGAACGCUCGGAUCAACCCUACUCCUCGGCCAGAGCGUCAACUGUGUGCUCUGAAUUUACGAAAGAUCAAUCUGACAUUUUUCUAAAUUUACGAACGCACAGAGCGCACUCUGGCACUCCAGAGCGAAUUUACGAACACACCCCAAGUUGAUCGCGAGGCAGCGGCAGGUAGGCGACGUGAUAAAAUAACGUGAUGAUGUGUGCAAAUAUUUUAGGCUGCUAAUCGUGGAUAUUGCGUUUACUUUGUUAAAAACGUAUCUGGUUAAUACUGUAUACUCAUGAACUGACUCACUAGCCUAUGUUAUCAUUGUUCAAGGUGAAUUAUUCCUACUGUAGUAGUAAAUAAAGUCGGUGGCAACUUGGCAUCCAGUGCAUAGUUGACAGCAUAUUUGAGAGAAAGUUGAGAAAGCUCUUAUGUCAUGUUUAUGCCAUUGUUAGGCUAUUUACAUGUCAUAAUGAGGUGUUAUUGUUAGGCUAUUUACAUGUCAUAAUGAGGUGUCAUUGUUAGGCUAUUUACAUGUCAUAAUGAGGUGUUAUUGUUAGGCUAUUUACAUGUCAUAAUGAGGUGUCAUUGUUAGGCUAUUUACAUGUCAUAAUGAGGUGUUUUUGUUAGGGUAUUUACAUGUCAUAAUGAGGUGUUAUUGUUAGGCUGAGGUGUCAUUGUUAGGCUAUUUACAUGUCAUAAUGAGGUGUUAUUGUUAGGCUAUUUACAUGUCAUAAUGAGGUGUUAUUGUUAGGCUAUUUACAUGUCAUAAUGAGGUGUUUUUGUUAGGGUAUUUACAUGUCAUAAUGAGGUGUUAUUGUUAGGCUGAGGUGUCAUUGUUAGGCUAUUUACAUGUCAUAAUGAGGUGUUAUUGUUAGGCUAUUUACAUGUCAUAAUGAGGUGUUAUUGUUAGGCUAUUUACAUGUCAUAAUGAGGUGUUUUUGUUAGGGUAUUUACAUGUCAUAAUGAGGUGUUUUUGUUAGGGUAUUUACAUGUCAUAAUGAGGUGUCAUUGUUAGGCUAUUUACAUUUCAUAAUGAGGUGUUUUUGUUAGGGUAUUUACAUGUCAUAAUGAGGUGUUAUUGUUAGGCUGAGGUGUCAUUGUUAGGCUAUUUACAUGUCAUAAUGAGGUGUUAUUGUUAGGCUAUUUACAUGUCAUAAUGAGGUGUUAUUGUCACCCCUUUGACUUUGUACUUGUCUCCCAUUGAAGAAAAGGUGUGUGUGUGUGUGUGCACUGUGUUCAGAGACAUUUAAAGGAAAGUACAAUAAACCAGUGGAGGCUGCUGAGGGGAGCAAGGCACAUAAUAAUGGCUGGAAAGGAGUUAAUGGAAUGGCAUCUUACACGUGGAAACCAUGUGUUUGAUGUCUUUGAUACCAUUCCACCAAUGCCUCUCCAGCCAUUACCACGAGCCUGUCAUCCCCAAUUAAGGUGCCACCAACCUUCUGUGCAAUAAACAGUCAUCUUUUUGUUAUGCUUCAGCAGCUCGCGUAUCCAUGACUACCCGGAUGGUGCAACUCGCUCAGCCCAAACCCAACCUGCUCCGAUUCCCUGACCGGUACUGCCACACAAACACACACAUGCACACGCACACUGACAGACUGACUGAUUCUUUUCCUUCCAGACGGUCAGUCUACUGGCUAGAUGAACUCCCACCUGAAAGAAAUGGCUCCACCACCAUGUUUGAGUUGACGCCCCACUGGUCCCAGCUGUGUGGCAGGAAGCGGCUUAAUUCUGGGUUCGAACAGAGCAGAUCAUCUCCCCAAUGGGAGGUCAGUGUAGCAGCUCUGAGUGCCUAUCCAUCCAAUAGAGUGUGUUCUCUGGCUUUGCCCCGCCUCCCCACCGCAGGCUGGGUAUCUGACCGCCCCCUACUGGCCUCCCUGAGCAGAGCGGUGCGGACUGCAGUAGCCAGUCCUAGGGUCUGCCAGUUGGCCUGUCCCAAGCGGAGGCAGGGUCUCUAUUCGCCCCAUUCAUCCAAGACCUCACUGGCACCCCCCCACCCAGCUGCAACCUCCUCCCGACUACAGCUCCUUGCCAUCCCUAAGUCUGACCACCCCCAGUAUGCCCAGGACCGUCCAGUCAUCUGGCCAGUGCCUGGGCCAGUGAGGAAGGCAGUAGCCAGUGAGAGGGUGCAGGUCCUUUCACGGCCCAACCAGCGGAAGGCGCUGUUCCAAGGCUACAACCCGUACACGGUUACCCUAGCUGCACGCUCCGCUAGCGCCUCGCCGCGCCUACAGGAGCUUUGUCUACCCCUGCCGCGGAAAUGCAAGGGCAAAUAGACGAAUGCAUCUCAUCUCGCACCUCUACAGUACCUCCAGCCGCCUCUUCUUCAGAUACUCUGUCUCCUGUACAGCAUGUCUAUGUCCCUGAUCACCACUGCUCCAUAAUAAAGACCCUCUAUGAUCUCA